UUAUAGCAGGACUGUGGCAGGCAUUCUGACACUGGGGGGGGAAUGACUUGGUGUCAUUGACAUCCCCAGUGACACCAGUUCAGUGAUCAGUGCUAAUAAAAAGCACUGACACUGUAUUAAUGGCACUGGGCAGGAAGGGGUUAACAUGUGAGGUGAUCAAAGGGUUAACUGUGUGCUGUUUCACUGUGUGCUCUGUUAGUGCUUUCAACUGUAAGCACACUGCUUUGUAUGGCUAUGCUGUGCUAUGCAGAGCCAUGCAAAGCAGUGUGCAGGAGCUGACAGGAGAGAGAACUGUAUUGUUUACAUUCGCGCUCCCUACCCGGAGAUGCAAAAUC